UGGCAGUGCUUGCCACACAGUGUCAGAUCUGAGCAGAAGCGUGGCGCUGGAGAGUAUAUAAGUGACAUAGUCUUCAAGUUCAAGCUCUGGCGGCCAAUUUUGCUAGUGCAACUCACAAGUCGCUUUGAUUCGACUUCUGCAGCAUCCUGGGUCCCUUUUCUGAAAUCCUCGGUGUGUGCCUGCCGGCGAGGAAGAUUUUGGUGUUGUAGCCAACUUGAUCAGUCACACAAAGGAAUUAUUGUCCCUUCACCAUGGCGAAGCGGAAAGAGACGGUCUCCACGGACGUCCGGGGCGACAAGCUGGAGAUUACGCCCCUGGGCGCCGGCAAUGAGGUUGGGCGCUCGAGCGUGUUCAUGACGUUCAAGGGGAAGAACAUCCUGUUUGAUUGCGGAAUCCACCCCGCCUACUCGGGCCUGGCGGCCCUGCCCUUCUUCGAUGAGAUCGACCUCAGCACCGUGGACAUCCUGCUUGUUACGCACUUUCAUUUGGACCAUGCUGCGUCGCUUCCGUAUGUCACAGAGAAGACUGCGUUCAAGGGCAAGGUGUACAUGACGCAUGCGACCAAGGCGAUUUACAAGCUGCUGCUGCUCGACUUUGUGCGCGUCAGCAAGGUGGCCGUCGAGGACAUGCUCUACGAUGAGCACGACCUGGAGCGAUCCAUGGCCAAGAUUGAGGUCAUCGACUACCACCAGACGGUCGAAGUCGACGGCAUCCGCUUCUGGGCGUACACCGCAGGCCACGUGCUGGGCGCGGCCAUGUUCAUGGUCGACGUGGCGGGCGUGCGCGUGCUGUACACCGGGGACUACUCCCGGGAGGAGGACCGCCACCUGCGCGCCGCGGAAAUGCCGCCCUUCUCGCCGGACGUCUGCAUCAUCGAGUCGACGUACGGCGUGCAGAUACACCAGCCGCGCGCGGUGCGGGAGCGCCGCUUCACGGAGAUCAUCGCGAGCACGGUCAUGCAGGGCGGCCGCGUGCUCAUCCCCGCGUUCGCGCUCGGGCGCGCGCAGGAGCUGCUGCUCAUCAUGGAGGAGUACUGGGCGGCGCACCCCGAGAUCCAGCACGUGCCCAUUUACUAUGCGUCGCCGCUCGCGCAGAAGUCGCUGCUCGUGUACCAGACGUACAUCAAUUCGAUGAAUGAUCGCAUCCGGGGGCAGUUCGAGAUCGACAACCCGUUCAAUUUCAAGUUCAUAUCGAAUCUGCGGAGUAUCCGGGAGUUCGAGGACGUGGGCCCGUCGGUUGUGAUGGCCAGCCCCGGGAUGCUGCAGAGCGGCAUGUCGCGCCAGCUGUUUGACAUGUGGUGCCAGGACAAGCGCAACGCGUGCAUCGUGCCCGGGUACAGCGUGGAGGGCACGCUCGCGAGCACGAUCCUGAAGGAGCCCAAGGAGGUGGUCCUCCAAAGCGGCCUCCCCGUCCCGCUCCGCAUGAGCGUGCACUACAUCUCCUUCUCCGCGCACGCGGACUACACGCAGACCAGCGACUUCCUGACGGAGCUGCGGCCGCCCAACAUCAUUCUGGUGCACGGGGAGGCCAACGAGAUGGGGCGGCUCAAGAGCAAGCUCAACACCGUGUUUGCGGGGACGGACAUCAAGGUGCUGACCCCCAAGAACACGCAAACCGUCGAGCUCCACUUCACAAGCGAGAAGACCGCCAAGACCGUCGGCCGUCUGGCGGCCGAGACCCCGGGGGAGGGCACCCAAGUGGGCGGGCUCCUGGUUAAAAAGGGCUUCACUUACCAGUUGAUGGACCCGGCAGACUUGCACACGUAUACGCAGCUGAGCUCGGGGAGCGUUUUGCAGCGGCAGUCGCUCCCCUACCGGGGCUCCUUCUUCUCCUUGCGGCAACGGUUAGAGCAGCUGUACGAGGGGGUGGUAACAGUUGACAAGGCGGAGGUCGAGUCGCUAAGUGUGCACGGGGUGGUGACGGUCAGGCACGAGUCGGACGAGCUGCUUGUGAUGGAGUGGGCGUCCGACCCGAUUGCGGACAUGGUCGCGGACUCGGUGGUGGCGCUGGUGCUCCAGCUGGACGCUGGGGCGUCCGAAAAGAGGCUCGCUCUAGUUGGCACGGGGAGUGUGUCAGAACGGGACGAGUUGAGGCUAAGAAGAAGGUUGUUGAGAGACUUAUUUGGGACGGUGGAUCUAGACGAGGAGGCGAAAGUGUUGACGGUCAAGAUGGACGGGGUGCAAGCGAAGUUCGACUACGAGAGCAAGGAGCUUGAGUGCGAAGACGAGCAGAUGGCAGAUAGGAUACGGACAGCAUUUAGGAGGAUGGAUGCGGCAGUUCAUCCGUUAAAAGUUUGAAGAAUAUCUGCCGACUGAGUCGAAACUAUAUACAGCCCGGUUCUGCACGAUUGGUCUUUAUGGGUCCGAAGGUCUUUCUUGCAUGCUUGUUCCGAGCCAAGUGGGACUGCACGCUCCAUGGCGACAUACUGUAAUUGUCCUACAUGGGCAUCGGUUGAGCCAUCGGUUGUCAGAGGCUACACAAACUUUUGCAAGCUGCAUUCCACAGUGGCCGCAAUCAGCCGCUUACCAUCUUUGCCCAUUAGAUUUGAGCAGAUUGUCAAAACCUAUUCGCGGGUUACAAGAAUCCAACUUCUGAGUCCUUUUUGAGAUAAUUUCAGCAUGUGUCACGCCCGAUUGUGUCGCGUCCGAUUUGUGUCGCAACUAGAUGGGGAGACAAUAAUUGGUGUAAUUAUUGUCU